GUUCACGACACAUCGUGCCGCUUUUGCUAGUGUAUCUGAGCCACUCCCACUAGUACUUACCAGCUGAGCUCCUUCGGCCAUGGCCUCAUACACGAUGCCAGUCUCCGACCUCGAUAUUUUACGGCGAAUCGUGGACGUUGCGAGAAGUGUCGUCAAGGCUUCUGCAGCACGAGCCUCGUUUCCUGCAACAACAGAUUCCUCGCGAUCGAUGCUGCAAGAAUAUGCUGCACCUGCAUUCGACUGCAUUCUUCCUCCAUUGUUAUCGCUAGGUGAUCGUCUGCCCUCCAUGCUUCAUCCGGCAAUCGCAAACAAGAUCGUAAGUGCCUACACGGAAGCCGCCAUGCGACUGAAGAAGGAAUGCGAAACGCAGCUUCGGCGAGCUAGCCGUGCAUUCAUCGAUGAUUCACCCACUUCGGAUACGGAAUAUCUACAGCUUCUACUUCGUUCGGCUUAUCAAACCAAGUUCGUUGACACCAUGGAUACUUGGGUCAAGCAGAUCGUGGAUAACGUCAAUAACCGAAUCAUGCAUACGCGGAGUGGAGAGCUAAAGUCAGGAACGAGGGAGCACGUGGAUAUGGACCCCUCGCGGAGCAGCUUUGAUCAGGCUUCCGUCCUGAUUUUGAUGAAAGCAUAUCGACAAAAUGCUUUUCCCUCUGUGACACAGAGACAGGAACUCGCAUGCGAAUGUGGCUUGGACUAUAGUCAGAUCACGAAAUGGUUCCAAAAUCAGAGGAAUCGCUGCAAGAUCGAGAAGGAGAAUCCAGGCACAGACCACAACUUUCUUGAACUACCAGAAGAACAUAAGACGAUCAUAGCGGAGUCAUUUGACCAUAACGCCGUGAAUAACGGGUCCUGCCUCAAAUGCGGCAAGGCCGAGAGCCUGAAACCUAUCACACGUGCACCGAGAAGCGGGACAAUUAUUGCAUUCGAUCGAGGCCGUCCUGCGCAUGCAUUUCCAUCUCCAUAUCCUCCUGUCGGCCCCGAUCCUCUUUACCCUCCGGAAGAUGUCCCUCGCUGCCUGGAUUUACCAUGGUUGCGACGAACGUCUUCGUCACACAUUCCUCUGUCAGGUUCAGCGGAUAUCGCGGACCUGUCCGAGUUGUUCGCGAGAUUGUCUUUGAACGAUGAUUCUCAGGAGGUUCCGAAGCAAUCACAGCGUUCACAUUCGGCAACCCUGCACGCUGCUCUUGGAUUUGCCGUUAUUCCACCUUGUGCACCGCUGCCUGCGUUGCUUCCCUUGCGUUGUGAUUAUCUGCAAUUGUCGUGUGCGCAGUCGUGUCAAAAAUCCCUGCUUGACAGUCCCGUGGACAAAAGCCAGGCUUGUUCUGCGUCGCCUCCCCAUCCACAGAAUCCAGAAACAUUCUCGCGUCUCAACCCAUCCGCUCAUACGCCGUCGUUUAGUACGGCGACUAGCCGGAAUUCAUCCCAUCUCUUCGACCGAAGUGUGUCCGGAUUGCCUAGAUCUAGACGAUACGGACAGCCAAAUGGACAGUACUGCGACAAACAAAGUGCUCAGAGUGCCUCAUAUACGAGGUCAAAUGAGCUCGCUUCUAAACUGCGAGAAUCCGGCGCAAAGAAAGGGGCCCCCACUGCAACUCCAACACCACCUGUUGCACUUCAUUCAUCACCGCCGCUGCCUCCGCCUGUUGCAUCGAUACGAGUGGUUCACCAACCAUAUCCUCCACCAAGGUAUCUGGCAGCAAGACGUAUGACUCGGUGGGAAGCGCGUGCCUCUACACCAGAGAAACAUGUCAUUUCUAUCUGGCCCCUUGCACGCUCAAUGUGUUCAGUCGGCCGCCGUCGGACAUCAGUUUCUUUUCGAUCAUUAUCACCGUCCGGCUCCAGCUCAGGCACAGACUCGGAUGUGCCUCUCACACCGCCUCCGAAUUCAGUCGACCUCCCUCCUGCUGCUGUAAUGCAACACCACUGUCAUGACUGGUAGAGGCCCUACGCUGAUUGCGUUGUAGAGCUCUGUCUUUUCUCGCCUGAAUUUGCGUGAUAUCUAACUUGUAGUUCGAUCCUGUUGAUGACGGCGAAUGUUUUACCAUGCAGACAUCGGCCUUUAUACCCCGACCGGCUGAUCUCAAUGUGUUAAAUUAUUAGUAUUUACAGCCUGAGACUAAUUUAUGACGUGUUCCGACGACAUUGUCUUCUCUUCAAUAGUAUAUCUUGCAUCGGCGU